GGGCGAUUGAAGGGUGGAGGGGGGGCUCAGGCCUCAGACAUGGUUGUCUCUCCUCCUGGGUGGAUGCUCAUUUCUUCCCUUCCCUGCAGGGCACUCCGUUACCCACCAGCCUGGCUCUGCAUCCACCUCCAAUAAUGGUGCCUCCCAAGUUGGCAUCUUUAACUGGAUGGCAAUAUACAUUUCAGGUUGGCUCUUUGCAGCAUUCCAGUGGUGCCUGGGAAACACCUGGCACUGCCUGACCACAGCUGCCUCCCUCCAGGAUUUCUUUCUGUUAAUCAGGAGCUUUUGCACUUGGAAGAAGUUGCUCCUGUUCGUCUUGGGGAUGCUGUUCUUUGUGGCUUCGCUGGCUUAUGGUGCUUGGUGUUUCUACCCCUAUGGACUACAGACCUUCCACCCUGCUAUGCUCUCCUGGUGGACAGCCCGUGGUAGCAGCAGGAGAGAGGACAGGUGGGAACCAGCACAGUCCCCCUCAUAUUUCCAGGAGCUGGAAAGUGAGGUUGUGCAGAAGACAUCUGAGUGGCACAGUUCUUCCCAAGAGGAGAAAAGGCCAAAGGAGAUGGAUUCCCUAGAGGCCCAGCUGGCUGGCUAGAGGCAGGAGCUGGUGGCUUUGAGCCAGAGGCAAGCUGAGGUGCAAAAAGAAUUACACCUUUGGCCAGAGAAGAUGGCGGCCCUGCGCAAUGAGGUGGAGUCUAAGGUCUCUGGCUGGAUUGAGCGGGUCCUUGGUAUUAAGCAAGAGGAGGUGCAGGCCCAGCUUCAUGACCUGGAACACAGAAUCAUGAGUCAUGUGGCCCAAGAGUGGCCCAAGUCUGUGAGCAAAGCUGCUGCCAUCUUAAGACUGAGCCUUCUGAAGGAAGGAAUGACCACCGGCGUGACGAAGGAGGAAGUGAACCAGAUCAUAAAGGAGGCCCUGAAAGAACACAGUGAAGAUCGAAUCGGGCUUGUGGAUUAUGCCCUGGAGUCCUCAGGAGCCAGCAUUGUCAGUAGCCGCUCGUCAGAGACAUACGGCAUCAGGACGGAGUGGUCUGCCCAUUUCACUCUGUUGGGCAUCCCAUUGUGGCGCUAUUUCCAGUCGCCAAGAGUCAUCCUCCAGCCAGAUGUCUACCCUGGCAACUGCUGGGCAUUCCGGGGCCCGCGGGGCUUUGUCGUGGUGCGCUUGUCUGCUCGGAUCCAGCUCACUGCCAUCACUUUGGAGCACGUGCCCAAAGCCCUGUCCCCAAACAGUGACAUCCCCAGUGCCCCAAAGGACUUUGUCAUCUUGGGUCUCAAUGAAGAUUCCCAGGUGGAGGGGAUUGCCCUGGGGCAGUUCACCUAUGAGAAUGCUGGGGAGGCCAUUCAGACCUUCCCCUUUCAGGGCAACGGCACAGCUCCAUACCAACUGGUAGAGCUUCGAGUAUUGAGUAACUGGGGUCACCCGGACUAUACCUGCAUUUACCGUUUCCGGGUCCAUGGCAAGCCUGCCAAUUAGCACCUCCCUCCGGGAUCCCUUCACCCUUUCCUCCUUCCACCACCAGCAAACAGCUCCCCCACCUCCUCCUCCCUCCCCCAGGCUCAUUCCCUUCUGGCCGCUGAGACAUCUGGGAGAGAGACAUCUGGAAGGUGGGAGCCCACCUCCGUGGAGCCAUCUUGUCCCACCCAGGCCUCUCUGAUAUGGACUAGACCACCAGCUGAGCGAUUUCUCUUUCAAUCCCCAUCAUCUGCAGGGUCAGGUUGCCCAGCUUCCUGCCAGGCCCUGCCCACCUCCAAGAGGUGUAGAAAUAGUUUUCUAUUAUGUGUUGGGGGUGUGGUAGGGACUAAUGAAGACCUUGCUAUGCUCAGCAGCAGUCCCACAGAAACACAGCUUACACCAACUUGGCUCUAGGGCAAUGACAAAUUGGGCAGCUGCAAAGGGCAGACCGGUAGCCAGUCUGACAUGGGCAUGCUCCAGUAGGUGGCUAAUGCCACUCUCCAGGGGAACUUGCAUGAUUCUCUUCACCACCGGCCAUGAUGGGUGCCGUCUCUGAAAUGGGAAGUAACUGGGAAUGACCACACUUGUCUUGGCUUUUGAUUCUGACAAGACCAACAGCCUGGAUUUGCGCUGUCUCCUUUGGGACCAUCAGCUAAUGUGCUUGUGGCUAUGCUGAGCAGGAGACUGGCCAGGAUCCUGUUGAGAUUGGCCCUUGCCUUGCCCUGUCUAGGGCUGGUGUUGAGCUGAUGCUGCCCUGUAUCCCUGGGGCAGACGUGACAUGGCCCAGGUGCCUCUGCGGGGAAACAGGCCAUUGGAGACUCAUCAGGCUCUUGCUCUGCACUUGGAUUCUAGUUCCUUUUGGGACAUGUUAUCACAUGGGCAGGUGUUAAGUUGAUUGGGAUAGGGUGGGGGGAGGGGCUUAUUGGAGUUAAGGCUGGGAUGGGAGAGGGAGGGCACAUUUUUUGGGCCUCCUGGCCAUUGUAUUAUGUAGAUAAAGAUGUUUGUAUUUAUCUAGAGAUCUAUUUCAUGGUUCUUUUACAUCAGAUAGAAAAGCUAAGGGCUACAUUCUUGGGUGCCUCCCCAGGUCCCCAGGGUGAUAGUCACUGCAGCUUCAGCUUGGACGUGGGGGGCUGGCCAUGAAAUACUGAUGGCCACAGAGGUAUCGCUGUCCUUUCUGCCUCUUACCAUCA